UUUUUUUUCUUCUUUUUUUUUCUUAGGGCAUAUAGUUUUAAACGAGAAACCAUGAUGGAGAUGUAUCUGAUUUCAGUAUUUUUAGCAAGUAUCCUUAUUAUACCGUUCGCACUCAAAACUUUGUUCCCUUAUCUUUGGAUGGAUAUUCUGUAUUUCGGGGAUCUACUGCGGAUUUUAGUGAAGUUUGCGUCGAGGCGAAGAAGGAGACCUUUCUUUUUCGUGUUGGAUCGUUUCUUGGAGCAGACCGCUGCGCAUCCAGACAAGCCGUUCAUUGUGUUUGAAAAUGACGACUACUCGUACACUGACACAGAUAAAAGAAGCAACAAAACAGCCAACGCGCUUCAGUCUCACCCUGGGUAUAACCCUGGGGACACCGUCGCACUUUUCAUGGGGAAUGAACCCGCCUUUCUGUUUACCUGGCUGGCGCUGGCUAAACUGGGCUCUCCUGUUGCUCUUCUCAACCACAACAUCCGCGCCAAGUCUCUGCUGCACUGCUUUAACUGCUGCAAGGCGAAGGUGUUGAUUGCAGCCUCAGAGCUAAAGGAAGCAGUGGAGGACGUGCUGCCCUCACUGAUAGAGAAGGGCGUCACCAUCCUCCUGAUGACCAAAUGUUGUGACACACCUGGGAUUGAGAGCUUCUCUGAGAAAGUGGACAAGGCAUCAGACAUCCCGCUCCCUCGAUCCCUCAGAUCACACAUUGAAUACAAAAGUCCUGCAGUGUAUAUUUACACCUCUGGAACUACAGGUCUCCCAAAGGCAGCUGUGGUCAAUCAGAACCGCCUCUUAACAGCUCUGGCUGUUUUAUCUUCAAACUGUGUAACGUCUAGUGAUGUCAUCUACCUCAACCUGCCUCUGUAUCACACAGCUGGAUUCAUGAUUGGCUUUAUCGGAUCCAUUGAGACGGGGUCGACUAUCAUUUUGAAGAGGAAGUUCUCUGCCUCUCAGUUUUGGGAUGACUGCAGGAAAUACAAUGUGACUGUUGUGCAGUACAUAGGAGAGGUGAUUCGUUACCUCUGUAGUACACCAAAGAGAGAAAAUGACAAGGACCAUAAAGUAAGGCUAGCCAUUGGCAACGGUGUCAGAGCAGAGAUUUGGAGAGAGUUUGUCAAUCGCUUUGGGGACAUUCAGAUCCGAGAGUUUUACGCCUCCACCGAGGGAAAUGUUGGCUUUGUCAACUACGCAGGAAAAAUUGGAGCUAUUGGACGAGUUAACUUUUUUCAUCAGAAGCUGUUUCCCUUCACUCUUAUUAAGUACGACACAGAGCGGGAUGAACCGAUUCGAGAUGCUAAUGGCCUCUGUGUGGAGUCGCCCAAAGGUGAGACAGGACUGCUGGUGUCAAAGAUCACAGAUAUCGCACCUUUUGUCGGCUACGCCCAGAAUGAAGAACAAACGGAGAGGAAAAGACUCCGCAAUGUUCUCAAGAAAGGAGAUCUUUACUUCAACAGUGGUGACUUAAUGAGGAUCGAUAAAGACAACUUCAUUUACUUUCAGGAUCGUGUAGGUGACACAUUCAGGUGGAAAGGUGAGAAUGUAGCCACAAAUGAGGUGUCUGACAUCCUGACAAUCAGUGAUUGCCUCAAAGAAGCCAGCGUUUAUGGAGUCCAAGUGCCAGGGCACGAGGGGCGGAUAGGGAUGGCAGCUGUCACUGUAAAGGAAGGUGCCCAGUUCGAUGGAAGUAGAAUAUACCACCAUGUGGUUAACUACCUGCCUUCAUAUGCCCGACCACGCUUUAUAAGAAUACAGAAUGCUGUAGAGGUGACAGGGACUUUCAAGCAGAUGAAGGUGAAGUUAGUGGAGGAGAGUUUUGAUCCAGGACGUAUCCGGGACCCUCUUUACAUCCUUGAUGAUAAAGAGAAGAGUUUCGUACCGCUGAGAUCUCAGGUCUACAACUCCAUCAUAUCAGGAAACAUCAAACUAUAAUUAGGCUCCUAGGGUUCAUCCCAUUACCGUCAUCCGCAUCUUCUUUUCCCUCCCUUAGCGUCACCCCUCAUAAGAUGCAAGGGUAGAGGAAUCCACAUUUGGGAAAUGGGACAUCCUCAUUUACUCAAGUAUCAAUUUACGUAUGGCAUAAGCACAGUGGUAUCACCUGUCACUGGGCUUAACGCAAACUAAAUCCCACAUAGACCCUCUACAAUUUAGUUUUAAUUUGUAGGGCUUGUCCCACCUUGGCUUGUUUAUUUUUUUGCCAGCUGGGGAUCUGGGGCUAGAGCAUUUAUACACAUGUAACAAUAUAACAAUUCCGCAUAACAUAGGCUGCACUCAUGAUCUCACUUCCAUCUCCUCUGGUAGCCUUCUCUCUUUGAAUCCUCAGAU